CUCACCAAGCUCAUUCCUGUCUCUAGCCAUUCCCCUCUACUCUCUUACUCGUCAAGAGAUCAUAUAGCGAGCUAGACAAGAUCAUCAAGAGCCCUGUUAGCAGGUCUUCAGCUGCAUGCACCCAUGCUUCAUCUGCCCUAGAUAAAACUCCCCCUCAGAUCCAGCAAACUUCCCCCAAAUCAUUUCCCAGAUCUGGUUCUAUACAGAUCAACCCAUUUAGUCCCAUGCACAUGGACCUGAGCUUGGGCACAACGGUAGACGACACUCAAGAAGUGCAAGAAGAACACCAAGAAGAAGAGCAAGAAGACGACUUGUACCAGCAACAAGCUCUAGGUCAAGAUCUCCAGCAUGGCGGCGGCGAGCCAAGCCACGUGAUGGAGCGGGAGCACAUGUUCGACAAGGUGCUGACCCCGAGCGACGUCGGCAAGCUCAACCGUCUGGUGGUGCCGAAGCAGCACGCGGAGCGGUUCUUCCCGGUUGCCGGCGCCGGGACGCAGCUGUGCUUCGAGGACCGCGGCGGCGUGCCGUGGCGGUUCCGGUACUCCUACUGGGGGAGCAGCCAGAGCUAUGUCAUGACCAAGGGGUGGAGCCGCUUCGUCCGCGCCGCGCGGCUCGCCGCGGGGGACACGGUCUCGUUCUCCCGCGCCGCCGCCGCCGCCGGCCGAUACUUCAUCGACUACCGCCACUGCCAGCGCCGCAGCCGCGAUAUCAACUUCGGCGAUUCUGCCGCCAUGCCAGCGUGGCCCAUGGCCGUCGGAAUAAUGCAAAGAACCGGGGCCGUAGGAGGGGGUGCAACGAUGGCCGUGGACACGGUGCCCGUCCCCGCCGGUCAUGGCAUCGAGGUGGGACCCACAGCAGGAGCGAGGAGCUUCAGGCUCUUCGGAUUCAAUGUCGAGUGCAGUGGCGACGACGACGACGCAGCGGCAUCUGCGUCCGCCGAAGUGGAGUACGUCGACGGUGACAGCUAGCCACGGUGUAGAGAUCAGAGGGAGCUAGACAUGGUGAUUUGGAAACCUUACACCAUAGGUAGAGCUAGCAAAUCCUAUCUAUACAAAGUGGUUCCUUGAAUCUUGAUUAGUCGUAUUUAUUUGAUUCAAAUUGGAAUUACGAUUUAUUUUAGGUAAUUGCAUGAUUUAAUGGAGAUUAGAUCCU